UCUGAAAAUGGACUUAAACGACAUUAUAGCACGAUUAAAAAAUAUAAUAUACCACAUAAAGAUCUUGAUACAAUUCCAGACACUUUGUUGCAAGAAUAUAAAAAUAUUUUAAUCCAACAAAUACAUC